CAUUGUGCAAGACAACCAACUAGCAGGUCUCGCCGACAGAUUACCAAGUGAUGACAGUCUUCCUGCUUCCUUGCAGGGUGACGUACAAGCCGCCACCUUCUUCGCAUCUUCACCCUUUUCGCUGCCUAGCGAUAUACCCACGCAUGCAGUUGCAUCUCACAUAACUGACGAUCCUGUCGUCAGUCGCGAUAUGAACAAACAUAUCAUCCACCCACAACAGUUCCUAUGCGCACGCCAAGACCAUCCACUUUUGUGCGCGGGCCAUCUCACUCCAACCGUCCCCCAAUUCCGUCCAAUGCCACUCUCUAUCAGCAGGCCUCAACCCGCUCUGCAGCAAUUUGGCUCGCCUCCUCCGUUGGAGUCCCUCAGCCCGUCGGGGAUAGGUUCUAAUGGUGGAAGUGCAUUUGCCCCUUCACUAUCUCAUCCCAGCAAUGCGCAAGUCGCCAAUUCAG